GCUGCUGUUGCUGUUGAGCUCUUGGGCUUUUGCACUUUCGAUCAUCAUCAUCACAUCAGUCAGUCGACAAAGGCUUUCUUCAAAUCUUCAUCUGUCAUUUCACUGGCUUUGACGACUCCAGAUCGUUCUCGACCGUCUACACUCGCUCCAGAAACGACCAUUCUCGUCGAGAGUGCCACAUUCCAGCUGCUAGUCUCGCUUGCUUGUGUUCUCGCUCUUAAAAUUAGCGUUCAACUCACGUUAGAAGGUUGUGAUGCACAUCAAGUUCAUACAUUCAUUCCCAGUCAUUUCAAGAGUCGAAGCAAAGGUCAAGUAGCAUGCUAUUCAUGCUUGGCGUACACUCGUGAGCCGUCGAAUCAUCGGAUAUUCGAACUGGAUCCUCCAACACCUGCAAACAUCACGGAUUUAUACGCUGUUCUCAGGAAGGGCGGUAUGAGGAUACCGGUAUAUGCGGAGAGAUGCGCCGAAACCCGUGCGGGAAUGAAUCCGAAUUUCGUUGGUGCUAAAAUCUCGAUCUGCCCGAACACCGAUACUGAACCUGGCUCGUGUGUGAAACUCAAAGGACGAUUCAACGGUUAA